UGUAUAUGCACUGUGAAGGGAUUACUGGAUGCAGAACGUUUGAGAAUCCUUGGAGUGAGCCGAACCGCAGGGUGACUAGACUAAACCCCGCCCAUCUCGCCUUCUCAUUGGUUGUUUGCCUGGGCGGUGCUUUGACUGACUCCAAACUUUUGUGCUCGUGGAAUCGCGGCGGAGAGAGCGGACGCGCGAGACAGCGGCGGAGGGGGAACGGCUUUGAGCUUUGAGUCCAGGGUUGAUCUGUGAUCGUGGUAUACUGGAUAUGCACACUCAGAAAACUUCAAAAAGCGGAUUAAAGUGCAAAAUGGUCCUUCAAGCCGUAGGCAAGGUCCUGAGGAAGUCCAAAACGAAGCCUAAUGGAAAGAAGCCCCCUGCCGAGGAGAAGAAGCACUAUCUGGAGCCGGAGUACACUAAAGUGCGGGUGGUGGACUUUGACCUCAAAGACCUGGUGGUGCUGCCCAGAGAGAUAGAUCUCAACGAAUGGCUGGCCAGCAACACAACGACAUUCUUCAAUCUCAUCAACCUGCAGUAUAGCACAAUCUCAGAGUUUUGCACUGGUGACACAUGUCAAGCCAUGACGGCAUGUAACACAAUAUACUACUGGUACGAUGAGAAGGGGAAGAAGAGCAAGUGUACAGCACCUCAGUAUGUUGACUUCGUCAUGAGUCUAGUACAGAAACUUGUGACAGAUGAAGAAAUCUUCCCAACAAAAUAUGGUAAAGAGUUCCCUAACUCGUUUGAGUCUCUGGUGAAGAAGAUCUGCCGGUACCUGUUCCACGUGCUGGCACACAUCUACUGGGCGCACUUUAAGGAGACGGUGGCUUUAGAUCUACAUGGACACUUAAACACGCUGUAUGCACAUUUCAUCGUCUUUGUGAGGGAAUUCAAUCUGGUCGAUCCCAAGGAGACAUGCAUCAUGGACGACCUGUCAGAGGUGCUGUGCACUCCUCUGCCCUCCUCCCCCCAACAGAACCACGUGACUGAGAGAUGAGCCACAGCCACUUAGCCCCCGAGUGAGGAAGAGGAGGAUGAAUUGAGAAUGAGGGCCCUCAGGAGGGCCGGGGCUGCUCGCAGGACUCGCACACCCUUUGACUAUUUAACCACCAUAAGAACUAGUCAGAGAGUGAAAGAGGGGAUGGCAGUGCCUCCCUUCAGCACGCACUAGUGGGGGAAAAAUAGCCCCACCUACCUUCUUUGCAGUCUAACUAAGAACAGUUUUUUUUUUUUAAUUUUUUUAAUUUGUAUUUAUUUCUGCUCACAUUCUUGGAGGAUGUGGUGUUUUACAAGGAUUUUGAUUUGGCCCUUAACGUCUAAUACAUGAGACUAAAGCAUAGUCGCCUGAUCUUAGACCGUUGUAAAGAAAUUUCUUGUACCCCAGUGCCCCCAUGUGGAGGGACAAAUUAUAAAAAGGUGCCAGCUGUCCUGACCUUUAGUACUUCAUGACUGGGACCUGGAUCCACAUUGUUACCAGUUCUCCGUUCAUGUGCAUCUCCCUGUAUCCGCCUUCUCUUUUAUUCUCACAUUCUUAGUUCAGUUUCCUCCUGGUGUUUUUUUUUUUUUUUUUUUAAGUUUUGACAGGUCAUGCAAUAAUUAAGCAGCAGAAAUGAAUGUCCAGCUUGAUGCUGUAGAAUGUUACUAUCGGUGAGACUGUUGAUGUCCAUUUCUGGCCUUGACAGAAAAUCUCAACACAGAGAGUUCACCAUUAUUGUGGCAAUCGAUAUGCUGUAUCAUACCGAGGAUGCAUCCUCCAGGGUCUGUUUGUUUUUUAAUCUUUUCUUCUUAUGCUAUCAGAGGUCAUUAAAAUUAUAUCAGCCUACACGUGUGUAGCACAUGCACAUUCUGCUUGCAUUUUUAUUAAAAUAGAUUAUAACUAUAUAAAGAAAUCGCAGGUGGGUUACGUCAAAAUAGCGCCUCCAUGGAGGGGGAUUUGUUUCCCCUUCAUUUUAUUUAUUUUGACUGUUUAUUUGCAGGGUUCUUCAGUUCUGGCUUUCAUUUUAUGUAUUUUAAUGAUCUAAGUUAAAGCAAUUUAUUAUUUUAAGCUCUGCAAAUUAUACUCUAAUAAAACAUGAAAAUGCCAACCUGA